AUGAACCUCACGAUUCAGUGCAUGAUAGUUUUCUUAGCGUUUUCCGUGCAGGAGGGACUAUCGAGGAGUUAUGAGGCACAACUGGGAAGACAAAACCUUUUACAGGUGAGUUUUCUACUUUAUUUCUGUUUCUACAUGCUACUAUGCAAAUGUAAAAGUCAGUGUUGCAGCCUCUUAACCCUUCACUAUAUAAUUCAUAGUUUUUUAAUGUCCUCCUAUAGAUGCUUUUCACCCUUUAAGUUCCUCGUUUUAGUCAAAUUCCCAGCAAUGAGCAGGAUAUGUGGUAAUGUAUUGACACAGCAGUGACUUGUGUGCUAAAUUAACAUUUGAGACCAAACCGUGCAGCCCUCAGUGGCCCUGUGUACAGUGAAAGCAUUUAUUUCCAGUUCCACUUCCCCUCCAUUCAUGAAUGGCUUUGAUUCAGACUAUUUUGACACAAAAUCUCGACCCAACCCUCACAGGCAGAUUGUGGUGAUAACUUCAAAUAAGGGGUCAUCUUGAACAAACUAUGGAUUGAUAAAUGGUGUUUGCAAAGAGCUGCGAAAGUGGCUUAUUACUUGUCAAGUAUUUCAUAAAUCACAGUCUAUUUUGAGGAAGAAAGUGGGUUAAAGGUUCUUUAUGUCUCCAUGACACAUAUUGUACCAUUUUACUUGACAUUGGACCAAACAGCGAUAUUGGUGUGGUUAUGGAAAUAUCAGGAUGUGAUCUGAUAGUCUCUAAAAUCCACCUGUAGAGUGAUUUAGUGUUGGUUUAGCAGCGGCAGAUCCAGACCUGUUUCCCAGAGGUGGCCUGACUGAUUUAGAUGGUUACCCUUUCUCUCUGAUCAUAAACAUCUUGACAUCUUACUUUUGAAUAUCAUAAGGGUCCUGAAGUCCUGCUAAAGGUACCAGAUGUUUUCGGUAGAGCCAUCACAGUCGGAUUAGUUGGCCAUUAGACUUUUUACGUUUUUACUUUGAAUGUCGGAGACUUUACAGAUGGAUUUUCACACUCCGGUGUAGUUUGUCCUUGUCGAGUUGCUGUAGUAGUAGGUGGGGCAGCCCAAAAUGUCUGAUUGUUCAUCAUAUUCGGACCUAUAAAAGAGGUUUGUAGGAAAACUCUAUAAUCCUAAAGUCAUAUUCAGUCACCCCACAUUUUUUAGCAGCUUAAACUCUUGAUCUAUCCUCCUCUUUUAGUGUAUUUAUCUAAGAGCUGCCCCUGACCCUGUUUUUUACUUACUUAAAUACGUAUCGAUGUAUUCAUACAUUUCAUUUUUCUGCAGAGAUGCUGAAACUUCAACCACAAAAAUCUAAAUGUCUGUUUUAUUUUAUUACACUGUAAAACUGUCGGUUUUUGGAUUGUUAGGUAACCACUGGGGUGGGGAAGCUGGCCACCCAUGGCCACCCUUUGGCUUUGCCCCUGUGGUUGACAACACGCUCAGUUCUUUUUGCAUGUAGCAGAUAAAUUAUUACUACUACUAGAGACAGUAAUAAUCCUGUAAAAUCAGUUAUAUCAGCUAUAAAACGAAUAUUAUGAUUAAAAAUCCGUCAACAUCUACAAGCAAAUACCAGAUUAUUUAAGGAAUUCACCAACAACUGAACCUUUCUGCUCUUACUGCGUGUUAUAUAUGUGAUUUUAAACAGGGAUAUUCAUUAAACAAAAAUUCUAAUGCUCAUGAUUGACUUUUAUUUCCACCUGCUUCUUUUCCAGAGAGGAAAACGUCAGAACAAAGGAACAAGAGCGGCGGUAAGUUUGUGUUUUUUUUGCCAAAUUUCAUCAACUAUCGUUGCAAAAUUAGGACUCUACAUGUAAACUCUAAACCUCUUUGUAUGUAAGUGUCAUCAGUAUUUCCAUCUUUCUUCGCUGUAGUGUUAACUGUGAAGACAUCCCCUGAAAACUUGCAGUAAUUCAGUUUGAGUAGCAUCAUCACAGCACUCCUUAAUACCCAUGAGCGUCAGGGUUACAUGACCUCUGCUGACCAGAUCGGUCUCAGCAGGCGCCGGCGUUCCCAGAGUAAGCAGAAAGAGGACAGAGACGCCAUGCAGGGAACCGUUUUGUGUUGUUUUGGUGACUUAUUAGAGCAAAGCAUGCAGGGAAAACCAAAGUGUGGGAAACUGUCAGGUGUGAUUGUUGGUGAAACUUCAUGUAAAAUCAGGUCUUUUUUUAUAUUAUUAGGAUCAAUUUCUGUUUCUUUAUUUGUGUGUCAUCAGCUGAAGGUGACAGACUACCAUGUGAGGUGCAGAGUCGUCUCCCGGUACGCUGUAACCACGGUCCAGAGCUCAGUUUGGAACCAGCUCCCCAUCACCAAAGAGGCUGCGUUCGAGGUGGACCUGCCCACCUCCGCCUUCAUCUCCAACUUCACCAUGUGAGUCAGUCAAACACUUGAACAUCCCUACACUACGGAGUAUACAAGUGUCCAUUUGAGUGGCAUAAUAGAUGGUAGCUUCUUCUUAUUUAGGUGAAAUCCUUUCCAUCAGCCAUCUUUGUCUGGGUCUGUCGUCCAAUCAGAGGCUGUAUUUGCAGGUUUAAUCAGAAGCCUGGCUGUUUCGGCAAACCUCUAGUGGACAUUUGAGGAACUGCAGGUUUUUACAGUUCUGCGUUGGCUUCAUUUUUCCACACCAGAGAAUUCAAACAAUCAUUCUCAUCCUGCUCUUGUUUUUAAUCUCAAGUCCUCACGACAAACGGACUCUUCUUUCAUGCCGCAGGUCAAGCUUUCGCACCUACUUAGUCAGAAGUAUUAGGGCUGGCAGAGGAAGAUCACUUCUUCCCUGUGAAAAUAAGACCUUCCUGUCGCACGGUCAAAGAUUUAAAUAAAUGAAGGUAAUGUUCUCGUUUUUUUGGCCGAAUCCAGAAAUAAAACUUCAGAAGAAUUAUGUAAGGAACUCGAAGUCCGGUCUUGAGGAGACGCAUAAUCUGAUUACUUUCUAACCACUCUCCUUCAAAAAUGCUAAAUAUAAACAAAACAAAAUAAGUCAACACCGCGGAGGCCAAACACAGAGCCUGGAGCUGGAUUUGGGAGCGGAAGCAGGUCAGGAGGAGGGGGAACCUGAGGGCACAUGAAUACCGGGCUUUGUGAAUGGAGGGCAGAGAAGUUGAUAGAAAAAAACGAUGGGAGUUUGCUCGGUCCCCCUUUUUCUCCCCCGCACAGUUUACCGAGGCAGCCGGCCAGUUUAGAUACGCUGCACACACACACACACGCACACACACCUACAUCUACUGCAUGUAUGCUCACUCACAUGGAGGUGGGUGUCGACUUUUUAAGUACGUGCGAGUCUGUUUUUUUUUAAUCCUCCACCAUCUCUCCUCCACAUUCAUACUCUCACAUGCUCAGAGCUCAUACAGCCAUCUGCAUGUUACAGAAAAGGGGGAAAAACCUGCUGCAAGUAUGUCGUGUUAGUUCCUCAGCAUGUCUGUGUGCGAAACUGAGAGCUCUGUGUUCUGUGUGCAGGUCACCGACGUACAGCCAUACCUCAACCCCCUCAUCCAGCCGCACAUAUAAAUACAAGAACCUCCAUUUUCCACCCCGGCCAUUCUGCUCUGUUCCUCAAACAAGAGCCGCUUCAAGCCUGCAGGUUUAUUUUAGUUAGCCCUUGAUGUUUUUUCCCCCUUUGGAUAGAUGUUUGUUCAAAGGACUUGACCUUAAUUUAGCACCCCGUCGUCACGUGACUGCGCCAGGCCCUGAAGUCGAGGUGCGCACUGUGCGAUUUAGACCCCGCGGGUUUUGGUUGGGAUUUUUUGCAGGGUGUAGCACCCAGCGGCACUCCCUCAAAGCGUCAUCGCCGUGCAAGAUCUCCCUUCAUUAACGCUGUUUUCAGAGGGAAAUUGCAACCCUGUUUAUGACGGCGUCGCCCCCCUCCUUCACAUGGUAUGAACUCUGCUGGUAAACAAGCAUGGCGCACGCAAGAGAGGCAGCUUUGUGAUCGCUCUGGAAAUACAAGAAGCAAAAUAAAGUAAUUCGUGCUAAAUACCUCAAUGCAGGCGAGGCGUGUUUCUGAAAUAUAAUCCGGCUACUGUGAGUCACACAGAGAGCGUUUUCUUCUUCCUCUUUUCUCUCCACCAUCAGCACCUCCAACAGCAAGGUGUAUGUGGCCCAGGUGAAGGAAAGAGCCGCUGCCAGGAAAAUAUACGACGCCGCUAAGAAGCAAGGAAAAACUGCAGGACUCGUCGCGACCAAGUCAGUCCUCAUUUUCCUGUGACUUUGGCAAAAACAAACACGUCAUAGAGCGUCUGUUUUCCUAACAGUCUUAAUAAGCGUGGUGACUUUUGUUCCAGAGAAAGAGAGAUUGAGAAGUUUCGUGUGGCGGUGAGCGUGCCGUCAGGAGCUCGGAUGUUCUUCUCCCUGUCCUACGAGGAGCUUUUACCUCGCCGACUCGGCCGAUACGAGCUCAGUCUGGGUCUGAGGCCCGGGCAGCCCGUGCAGAACCUCACGCUGGACGUCAGUAUAACAGAGCGGACGAGCAUCAGCUUCAUCAAAGUCCUUCCUCUCAAGACGAGCCGGCUGCUCUCUAACGCCGCUCAAGGUAAAAUCUCAAAGAGCUUCUACCUGACCUGGUGAGUUCAUGUGAGAACAGAGAAAUAAAACUGAUAGAUGGUGUAAGAUGAAAAGUGAAGAGCUAUAAGAGGAGGACAUCUAUCUUCUGUAAGUGGGCAGAUUCCACAGAACUACUUGACUUCAAUCAUACUUCACCCUCCUCCAGAUGACGCCGCCGCUCCUGCCUCCACUCAUAUCGAGCAGAGUGGAGGUUGCGCUCGAGUUCGCUACAGUCCCACUUUGCAGCAGCAGAACAGCAUCUCCUCCAAAGGCCUCAACGCUGACUUCAUCAUCCACUACGACGUGGACCUGAAAGACCUCAUGGGGGAAGUCCAGGUCGGAGGAGACUUAUCGAUCUAGCUUUAUCUCAAUAUGAAAAUACCGUCUUCUCCUGUUUUGAAGAUGUGCUUUUACUCCUCCCACAGGUGUAUGACGGCUACUUUGUGCACUACUUUGCACCCAGAGGACUUCCUGUUGUUCCUAAAGAUGUUAUAUUCGUCAUCGAUGUCAGCGGCUCGAUGAUCGGCACGAAGAUAAAACAGGUAAAGUUGUAAACCUGCUCAAACGUUGAACCAGUUUGUGACUUUCUCUCAUCAGUCGUCAUGAUUUCUGUCAGUAGACUAAACAGGCCAUGAGCACCAUCCUCGGGGACCUCAGAGAGGGAGACCACUUCAACAUCAUCACUUUCUCAGACAAGGUUCACACCUGGAAGAAAGGGCGGACAGUGAGGGCGACUCGGCAGAACGUGCGGGACGCCAAAGACUUUGUGAGGAGGAUCAUCGCAGAAGGAUGUGAGUCUUGAUUCAGCGGAUUCUCUUAAAUCUCCUUCUUCACGCAGAUUUCUUGAUUGUUUCUCUCUUUUUUUUGUUCCAGGGACAAACAUCAACGCCGCUCUGCUUUCCGCCGCCCAGCUCGUCAAUCCAUCAUCUUCUCCUUCCUCCAACCACUUCUCAACCCGUCGUGUCCCUCUGGUGAUUUUCCUCACCGACGGGGAGGCGACCAUCGGAGUGACAGCCGGUGACACCAUCCUGAACAACGCCAAGAGGGCUCUGGGCUCGGCCUCUCUGUUCGGCCUCGCCUUCGGAGACGACGCCGACUACCUCCUCCUCAAACGUUUGGCUCUGGAUAACCGCGGCGUGGCUCGGAUGGUGUACGAGGACGCGGACGCCGCCCUGCAGCUGAAGGGAUUUUACGAUGAAGUCGCCAGCCCUCUCCUGUCGGACAUCCAGCUGACGUACCUCGAUGAUCAGGCGUUUGACGUCACCCGCUCGCUGUUUCCGAACUACUUCCAAGGCUCUGAGCUGGUGGUCGCUGGGAAGGUGAAACCGGGGGUGAAGGAUUUGAAGGUCGCCAUGUCUGCCACUGACCUGAAGCAGCAUGUGAAGCUGGAGAACAACGUUUUAAUCUCCAAUCCUCCGGGGAAUAAUAGUUCAGAUUCUCUGACCUGUUCAGGAGACUUGGAGGGGAUCUCAAACUUUGUGCACCGCCUCUGGGCGUAUUUCACCAUCAAAGAGCUGCUCCUCGCCAAACUGAACGCCUCCGAUCCUGCAACGCAAAGGCUACUGGCAGAAAAAGCGACAAACCUGUCCCUGAAUUUCAACUUCGUCACACCGGUCACUUCUUUAGUCGUAGUCAAGCCGGAUGAGGAUGAAGCAGCUCAGAGUCCGACCACUGCGAAACCCACCACCGCCGCCACGACAACCACAACAGCAACGCCUCCUGCUGCCGCCAAAACAUCGAACGCCGGUGCUGCAAAAAAGCCAAACUCGUCGACUAAACCUGUCAAAACAAAACCAGAUCCUCCUCAACCUCCUCCACUGAAAAAAACCUCAACUUCUACGGUUAAAACAGCGACUUCAGCGCCCAAGAAAACCACAACAACAAGUCCAACCCCCGUCAAAACCGCCCCGGCAACAUUCGUGGGUAAAAAGCCGUCGCCUUCGAACAAUGACUCCAAAUCUGCUCUUCCUCCUCCUCCUCCUCCUCUUCCUUCUGGUAAGAUACCCACCUCUGUGCUGCAUGUGCUCAAAACGGCGCCACCUCCUGCACCUGGAAAGGUCUCCACCCCGCAGCCCACCGCCUUCAAAACAACAAACCCCUCAGCGGUCACUCAGACGACAGCGUUCACACCCAGUCCUGCACCUGCAGCCAGAACCGACCCGACUACCCCUCAACCCAGUCCUGUCAGAGUCCUGAUCCCCUCCACCGAGGCUGGAACCAGCACCACAUCUGCUCCUGAAAUCACCACCGCUCUGCCCAGAGCGUCGUCUCCGCUCACCACUCCCACUCCGGCCCCGCCUCCAGCUGUGGAAGAAAACAACACGAACGUGGAGACAGACCUGAAGAUCGCCACCUUCGUUUCUGCCACAUUUGCACCCAUGCCGGGCGUAACGGACGGGCCGCGACCGUGGGAGGCAGCGGGGCUUCUGGGUAGGUGGUUCACUUAGUUUUGGUGGUUUUUAACUGAUGCAGACUUGAGGGUGUUUCUCUCUGACUGAAUGUUCUUCAUCUCUCCACUAGAUGUCUCUACUUUCAUUCAGAGGAAAGGUAAAGCUGAUUCUUCCCACAGAUCAUGUUCAGUCACUUUUAAAUCUCCUUUAUUUGUCAAACACGACUCUCAACAUGUCUGAUAUUCUGUCUCUCGUAGAUAUUGAUCUUGUAAAAGGUGAGUUUCUCCUCCACCCUCUCACACACAGCAACAGAUUUAACCCUUCGCUGCUCUAAUUGUUUCCUUCUGCUUCUCAGACUACGAUGCAACUUAUGACUACGACUACGAUCUCAACUACGACACCUGUGAGUUUUUUAUGUUUUUAUAGACACAGUUCUGCUCUUUAGCUUCUUCCCAGGCUCUAAAAUGUUCAUGUUGUACCUCUAUUUAGGGGACGAGACCACAGACACAGAAUCAUUUGGUAAGUCAAAGAAGGUGCAGCUGCAUGUCUCAAAAAAGUACUUAAAAAGGCGGAACUGUCCUUUAACUUGAUGUCUUUUUUGGUUUCAGAGCCGUCGUCCAGAUUGAGCACGGUGCGGGUCUUCUCCUCAUCAGGUCAGAGACUAAUCAGGACUCUCCUUCAGCCCCUCAGUUCUCAGUAAUCUCUCCACACAGUCGUUUCAGUUUCUGCUCUUCGUUGUUGUCUGUCGUAGUCGAUGGAGAUCCUCACUUUGUGGUCCAGCUGCCGAAGCUGCAUCACAGUCUGUGUUUCACCGUGGACGGACGAGCUAAUGAUGUUCUCAGGCUGUUAGAAGACCCGGAGAAAGGUAUGAACGAUGAAGCUUUCAUUUUGAUCUGACGGGUAGAAUAAAACGUUUCAUAAUCUCUUAUUAAAGAUGUUUCUCUCUCUUCCUGAAGGGAUCAUCGUCGAUGGUCGCCUGAUGGGAGCUCCCUCCAAACACGGCGUAGAGGACAGAUCCAGGACGUACUUCGACCAGCUCACCAUUUCCUCAGCAACAGGCAGCUCAGGUGACAUCAUGAUCACCCUCUCGCUGGACGCCGUAGUGGUGGAAGGGGAAGGGCGGGACAUCCUCCCCAUCACUCAGCAGGGAUCGGUGACCAGGCAGGGCGUGACGGUCACCGUGGACAACCAUCGGAGCUGCUGGAUCGAGCUGGCCAGGGACGUGCGCUUCCUGGUCCUGUUCCACCAUUACAAACACCCCAGUUACCUGCAGAUGGCUCACCUGGGUUUCUACAUCACUAACGGACGGGGGUUGUCCGCUUCGACACAAGGAUUACUGGGUAUGUCCACAUCAGGGUAUGACUGUAUGACUCUGUGAAGUUUGUAAUAGAUCGACUUAAAAUACAGUUUCUUCCUCCAGUUUGAGGUCAGGUUCGGGAUUAUACGUGCUGUGUACUCGCACAGGUUCUUCUGGAGAACUCACCAAAUUUGUUUUAGCUUUUUUUUUGGCACCACAAGCUCAGCAUCUCCUUUUCAUAGCAUCAUAAUCACUGCAUGGAUGAUGUGAUCAGAAACUGAGAGGCUGCAGACCCUCUACAGAGAGGGAAACUGGGACGUCUGGGACGUGUUAACAGCUAAAAAUGCAACGAUUUGAAACCUUUUAAGCUUCAAAUGAAUGUACAAGAGUAAAAAUGUAUUAUCUAUCUUGACAGGAGUGGGGCCAAAGUUUACAGUUGUACAAAGUUCAAAUACUUGCGUAAAGUACAAGUGCUUUUAUUUUAUUCUUCAGUUCAGCCUAAACUCAAAAGUGCUGUGACCUCAGGCAAACAAAGUCGAAGGCCGACCAGGAACAGUCUCCAUGUGGUUUUUGUUUCAUCUCAUCAUCAGAAAAAUACUCAGUAGAAAUUGGCAUAAAAAUGAGCCCAGAUAGUCUAAUGUAGAGACGGCCCAUCAAGCUAACUGACAAGUUUCUUGUUCAUGUUUAAACUUUCAGAUGCUGAUAAUUGGGUCAACGGCAGUUUCUUGAUAAUGUAGUUUAAUUCAGGAAAAUGUCAGUUUGUGUUCAUCUGUGGUUCUGAUGAUAAUAUUUCAUAAAUACAGCUUUAUUAUAUCCACACAGAGUCUUUACACUCUUUUCUCAGGUCAAACAAAUAUACUUAACUGCAUUAAAAAAAUACACAAAAUUUAUAAAGUAUGUUUUUAGUGCAUCAGUUCUGCCAGUUAGUCUUUAUCUAACAUCAUUAUAAUCUGAAAAAACUACUUUCAGUACUGUUAUAUAAACGGUCUUCUCAUGGAAUAUGUCUCUGGAGGAUCUGCUGCAGCUGACUCUUAGAAAAAUCUCCAUCUUGUCGAUCAGCUGACGUCCACCUGUUGUGUCCUUUGUCCGCCUGCAGGCCAGUUUCAGCUCGCUGACAUGACUGUGACCGCAGUGAAGGAUUAUCAGGAUGGAGCUGCUCACAAAGAUAACGCUUCAGCCCGAGGGAUCCUGAGGUGGGGAUCUGAGCACAUGGCGGUCUCUUUGCAAGACAAGGCGCUGAAAGACUCGGUGCUAAAACGCCACACAGGCAAGUGCUGGGUAGUUCCCAAAGCAGAGGUAGAGAGACUCCUGGGUCACCCUUACGAGAGCUACGUGGUGGAUCAUGUGUAA